UUCCUGAAGCUGUCAGACAAACUUUCAGACAACUGAUAGAAAGGACAACAGCGGAGCAGCGCUUUUAUAGAUUUCACUUACUUACCUGAAGGGAUUUAGCUCAAUUUUAAGUUACAUCCCACCCGGAACUCACUUAUUUUGCAACGAUGAUGUUCACCGGUUUUAACGCGGAAUGUGAUUCCUCCUCCCGCUGCAGCACCGCGUCUCCGUCCGGGGACAACAUGGGAUACUACCCAUCACCGGCAGGAUCUUACUCCAGCAUGGGCUCGCCUCAGUCUCAGGAAUUCACAGACCUGACAGCGACAAGUGCCUCUUUCAUCCCCACGGUCACAGCCAUCUCCACAAGCCCAGACCUGCAGUGGAUGGUGCAGCCCCUGGUCUCCUCAGUGGCCCCUUCUCACAGAGCACCCCCUUACAGCUCCAGCUCCACCUACUCCAGACCAGGCAUGAGGUCCGCAGCAUCCAAGGGCCACAGCUCCAUCAAGAGAGGCAGAGUGGAACAGAUGUCUCCUGAAGAGGAAGAGAGGAAAAGAAUCCGCAGAGAGAGAAACAAGCAGGCUGCAGCCAAAUGCCGCAACAGGAGACGAGAGCUUACUGACACUCUGCAAGCCGAAACAGAUAUGCUGGAGGAUGAGAAGUCCAGCCUGCAGAAUGACAUUGCCAAUCUUAUGAAGGAGAAGGAGAGGUUGGAGUUUAUUCUGGCUGCUCACCAGCCAAUCUGCAAAAUCCCUUCAGAGCAGGACUCCAGCUUCCCAGGAGCCUCCAUCUCUCCUGUCCACUGCUUCACCUCUGAGGUGUCUUCCCAGUCACAGACCUCCAUCGCCCCGACCUCAAGCCAGGCAACAUUUACCUCCACUUCUAACUCCAUCUUCUCCAGCUGCAGCUCUGCCCUGUCCACAGCCACCGUCUCUGGCAGCACAGUCAAACUGACAGACCUGGAUGCCUCUGUCCUAGAGGAGUCUCUGGAUCUGCUGGUCAAGACAGAGAUGGAGACGGCGAGGUCAGUGCCUGAGGUUGACCUGUCCAACUCUCUGUACACAACACAAGACUGGGAGCCUCUUCAUGCCUCAACCAGCAACAACGACUUUGAGCCGCUCUGCACCCCUGUGGUCACCUGCACCCCUUCCUGCACCACCUUCACCUCUACUUUUGCCUUUACCUUCCCAGAGGCAGAAACCCACGCCACUUGUGGCAUCGCCCAUCGUAGGGGAAGCAGCAGCAACGACCAGUCAUCUGACUCCCUCAGCUCACCAACAUUGCUGGCCCUUUAAAGACUCUUCCAAAAACAUUGAUACUUCCAACCAAGCGCAUUUUCUUGAUGUGCAGAUCACAGGGCUAUGGAAUGGACUUGUACUGAAAAUUCAAUUAUUUAUGAUUUUAUUUGUCUUCAUCUAUACUUGCCUAUAACACCGAUGUAGCAAGUUAAAAAGCAUGUUUUAACUAAUACCAACUAUAGUAACUUUUCUUAAGUUGAUAUAUGAUUUCAUGGUGCUAGAUAGAAAAACAUUGUUGUAGUAUUGAUGUGUGCUCAGAGCAAUAGCUAUUAUUCAUCCAGUUUGUUUUUCUGGUUGAUGGAGUUUUGAGAGUAUUUGUGAAAGUUUGUAAAACUGAAAAGAAAAAAAAAACAACAACACAACUGACGUACUUUGUCUUAACCAUGGUCUGAACGGUCUAUCCUAGUAUGAAGUUUUCUGUGAAAACAUGAUAGUGCUUUAAUUUAUGAAAUUUCACUUUAUUUUUUUACACAGAGGGUAAAUGAAUGUUGUUUGUUAAAGAGAUGUAAAUAAAAAAAUAUAUAGUGAUAUUUAAAUUCAAA